AUGGAGACAGGGGCGUAUGAGGGCGCAGCCGCGGCCUCGCCACGGCAAAUCAGGCCAAAGCUGCGCGACAUCGCCCGCUUCUGUGUUAACACAUUCAGAGCGUUUUAUGCCGGGAACGUCGGGGCUGCAUUCACCAACGUUGCAGCCGCAGCCGCUGCACCAGCCGCCGGGCCAGCCACCGCCUCCGUCUGCCCUGACGGUCUCGCGGCACAGGAAGCGUCGCCGCGCGACCCUGUCAUGGGUAAUCUGCAAAGCGAAGCCAAGAAGAAGGGAAAGAAGAGCAAAGGAACUGUAGAUGGGACUGCGAGCACGCCAGGAUCCAUAGGGGAUGGUCUCGACGACGCGACCGACACUGGCGAUGACGAAGAAACGGCCGAAACAGGAGAAACACCUGCUAAGAAUGUGGAAGAGUGUCAGAAAGCUGGACCGGAAAAGCGAUUGCCUCACAAGAGGCAAGCACCGAAACCACCUGGUUCUACCGAGAGAAAGAUCGGGCCAAUUGUAUCAGAGUCAUCGGAGAAGAAGUCACGCAAUCAGGAAAAACACGAGAAAGAAAAGGAAGAUGGAUCUCGAAAAUCGAUAGAACUGACCGAGUCGAAGGGAACAAAGGUGAAGGAAGAAUCAUCGGGAACGUUAUUGAUACCGGCAACGAAUCAAAUACAAAAACAAGAACCUACGCUUCUGGUCACGGAUUCGUGGUUGUUGGCCAACAAGUGCACAGUCGUGGCUGAGAUUUCGAUGCCGCCUAGUCAGAAAUCGUCGAGCGAUAGCGUGUUUACUGAUCCUGAUGAAUUGAUCAGUGCAACGAAUGCCACGAAAGAGGAAACAGCCCCGGCGCCAUCGGCGUUCAUCUCGAGGAAUCACGAGGUCCAACCAUCUCCCAUGUCCCCGCUUUUAGAACGAAGAAUCAUUGGUACGUUAACCUCAGCUCUGCCAGAACAGUUGAAAUCGAUAUUGACGGAAGCCGAAGUUGAACAAUUUGUGGCUAGAAUAUAUUCCAGACUCGUAUCAGAUGGUAUUAUUGGAUCGAUUACGCUUGACAGUGUCACGCAGAACAAGGAGCUUACAGAAGAUCAAUCUCAAUGCAGAGACACGCCAUCGAUAUCGGUUAGUCCAGUCGAAGAAGAAGUUUCUUCGAGAGACCAACGAGAUUCGGAAAAGGAAACACUGAGACGGGAACUCGAACGACUUCGCGAACUUGCCAAAAAUGCGGAUAAACCUACUCAAGGUAAAUCCACGCAGACAUCUCCCACGACGGCUCUCCCAGAAACAUGUUCCGAGGAUUUGUCGAAAGUUAAAUCUUCCGAAACAUUCGGUUCGCCUUCGGAGAGGGCUAUCGUUCGAGAUUCAACGAACUCUCAAGAGCAAUCUUCGAGUAGCACUUCGACAUCGGACACAAGUGUUUCGAAGGACACGAAAGCUGCCGAAAACGCGGCAGGAGUUACUCGAUUACCAUCGACUCUAACUACGCCUGUUUCACCACCGCUACAGCAAGUUUCUUCCACUCCUGCAUAUACGAGUGCAUCACCUCCACCACCACCUCCACCUCCGCCGCCACACUCGCCUUUCUUAAAUCAUCGUUCUCAAAGCAAUGUAGCCUCUAUCUCUCAACCAUCUUACUCCAUUCCACCCCCACCUCCAUUACCCGCCUGCAGCACUCCAACACAAUCGUUCUCGUCUCAACGCAGUAUAACUUCGUUACCGACAAUCCCACCGCCCCCGCCACCUCCGCCCUUACCUCCGCCGAUCUUACAAUCAGCGACAGAUGAGAUGCACGUAGCACCACCCGCUCCUCCGCCACCUCCGCCACCUCCGUCCCCUGCACCCUCAAUCGGAAGGCAAACAAGUUCUGCACCACCUGCGCCUCCGCCUCCGCCUCCUCCACCCCCUCCCCCUCCGCCGCCGACGCAAACAGCCCUCUUCAAUUUAAUACCGCCACCGCCUCCUCCACCUCCAUUUCCACCUUCAUCUCUAUCCUCGGCAUCCUCCAUCACUGGACUACACGCAGGUCCUCCGAUUCCUCCUCCUCCUCCUCCUCCACCUCCGCCGCCCCCUCCUGCUUCAACGUCCUCGAUCGGUUCAGUGUCCGGAGGAGCGCCGCCGCCACCUCCUCCACCACCUCCGACACCUAUGAUAGGCGUACCGCCACCUCCGCCUCCGCCACCAGCUGGAAUGGGAGAUAUUCCCGGUGGACCACCGCUUCCACCACCGCCACCACCAUCUAUGGCGAUUCCUCCUCCGCCUCCGCCAGGAGCUCAAGGAACGCUGCAACAACCUACUCCGUUACCCACACCUCCGGUUGGAGGUUGGAAUCCAGCCAGCAGAGCGUGCAUGAGGAAAGAGCCGCUCUGUCCCGAGGUUCCUAUGAAACCACUCUACUGGACCAGGAUUUUGAUGCCUGCAAUACCAACAGAGCAUGGUUCCGUCGACGCUUCAGAUUCGGCCGCGCAGAUUCCACUAUGGGCGGAGUUAGAGGAAGAGAAAAAUCUGGACAUGAAAGAGUUCGCAGACCUGUUUUCUCGUCAGGUGACCGCCAGAAAGCCGGUCAAAAAAGCGGACGAGGCUUCGAAACCGUCUAAGAUACAGCCAGCAAAGAUCCUCGACUCGAAACGAUCCAAGUCCGUUGGUAUUCUGGAGAAAAGCUUGCACGUGGACUUUAGCGAGGUUGAGAACGCGGUUUACAAUUUGGACACCAGUGUUGUUAGCCUGGAGGCGUUACAGCAGAUUUAUAACAUAUUGCCGACGCAGAAAGAACUGGAGGAGAUAAAGGCUUUCGAGGAGAGCAAUCCGGACGUUCCUCUGGAUCGACCAGAGAUCUUCGUGAAGAAACUUGCCGGUAUAGAUCAUUUUUCCGAGAGGAUAGCGUGUCUGAUGUUUCAAACCGAAUUUCAAGAUACGAUCUCGUCCGUUUCAUCGAAGUUGACGAACUUACGAAGCACCUGCGAUUUCCUCCGGAACUCCAGAUCUCUGAAGAAAGUGAUGGCGUUAAUUCUCACGCUCGGCAACUACAUGAACGGUGGAAACAGGACGCGAGGCCAAGCUGACGGGUUUGGCCUUGAGAUUCUAGAGAAAUUGAAGGACGUAAAGUCGAAUGUACCUGGUGUCACCUUGCUGCAUUACGUUGUCAGAGCAAGAUUAGCACAAGAGAAGGAUCACAACUUUGAGGAACCACUGCCGUUGCCGAUUCCGGAACCAGCAGACAUAGAAGCGGCAUCCACGAUUAAUUUCGAGAAUAUUUCGGCCGAGUUAGAAAGAUUAAAAACGAAACUUCGUGUUUGUAUCGACAAGUGUGAAAUCAUCGCCAAUACGGAUUCCAAACAGUCAGGACUGUUCAAAGAAAAGAUGGAUUCGGUUUUCCGCGAGGCGGCUGCAGAAUUGGCAAACGAGCAAGAGGCUUUAUUGGAUGCGAAGAACAAAUUCAAGGCUGUGAUGCAAUUUUAUCAAUACACGCCCAAAGGCUCGAAGAACCUAGACGCAGUCGAUCCGAACUCGUUCUUCAUUUUUUGGCUUGGUUUCUGUCAGGACUUCAAAGAUAUCUGGAAAAAGGAGCAACAACGAAUGCGAAAGGAACGAAUCGAAGAAAUGAGAAAGAAAUACGAAAGUAAAACGAAAGUGGAAAAACGGAAAAUAAGCGCCACAGGAUUGAAAGCACGCCUUCAGAAGCUCUCACGAAAGUAGAUUUAAAAGUCGAUACCGUGGACAUAUCGAUACGUACACACGUCAACGAAUGUGCAUUAAUCGAACGAGAACAACAAGUAUUCGAGCGAGGAUAGUCUGGUUGUCACAAAUAAAAAAUAGUUUAUCGGAUCGAUCGUUCGUUCCGUUCGGUCCGUCCUAACUCUUUACGGCACUAAUUUCGUUAAACUAAACGAAAUAACGAUUGCUGUCGCAUAGAUAUAUUCGUCGAUAUGAAUUUGUUAUAAAACUGUACGUAGGCUUCUCGUUAAGUUUGCGUCUAAUUUGUAAAUACGAUUGUUCCGCGAAUGAAGAAUUCGAGUAAUUCUAAUAAACAUAUAACUUUUUACAUGAA